GUUCCAAUCCCUAAAACCCUUGGUUCCCACUUCGUGGCUCACGCCAUGGCGGAGCGUUUCGGUGUUCCCAGGCGGAGCUAAGAACCCGAAACCCUGCCGAUUCCUUCUUCCCCUUGACAUACGAAGAAAGGGAUUCGAAAUCGAUUGAUGGCAUCUCCGAGAGAUUCAGGCGCAGCGCAGCUCCCACCGGCGGCUUCUUCUCCUCCUCCGCUCCACGCCAUGGACGCCGACGAGGAAGACGACAACGUGAAGCAACUUAAGGAGUGCGCCACCCUCUACUUGUCCCUUCAGGAGUGCCUCGCCGAGACCAACAGGAAUUGGAAGUCCUGCCAAUCCUAUGUUCAAGCAUUAAAAGCAUGCCAUACAAGAAGAAACCCUAGUGAGCAGAAGUGAUGACUAGCUAUAGUGAAUAACCCAGCUGCAGCCUCACAACAUCAUGAGCACUCGCAAAUAUGAACAUACAACUGACUUAUAAUAAGCUCUAUUCUUCUGACUCGCAGCAGAUUUCUCUGUGAAUUUUUGUUUCGAGGACUUCACCACAUGAAACACUACUGAGUUGUUUGCUUGUUUCAUGAGUUCUCAUUAGCAAAGGGAAAACCAUUUGCACACUUUGAUUGCAACGGAAAUGAGACUUGCAUAAUUUGCUUCACUUGGCUAUAUUGAAGUUGACAAUGAAAAGUGAAAUGACAAUAAAUUGGUUGUCACCACCCCACUUAUUUGUGAACGAAUGAAUAAGGUAUCUCUAUCUGGGGGACUUCAACAAUUUUUUUGCCCUUUUAGUCUUGUCUUUGUUGUUCAAGGAAGAACCAACUUCUAUAUUUUGGCAAGUGAUUCAAAACUUUAGGAUUUAAUUUAAAUCAUUGAUGAGUUUGUUCUACUAAGUUUAUCUCUAUGACGUUAUAUAAUAUUUCUUGGGACCAAAUUCUUAAUCUGCAUGUACACUUCAUCUGUCAAUCUACGUUCUUUUUGUGUAAUUUUCUUUCUGCUGCUAUUUCUAUUCUCUUAUCAUUCUAUUACUACUGAAGUUGUAUUAUUGCGGGAAAGUCUUUUUAAUUCAAUUUAUUUAUCAAAAUUUUCAUUGAACGUAUUUGAUAAUCAAUAUUUCGGUAGAGAAAAAUAACUUUGAGACAUCAAUCAAAAGAAUACAUUUGUUUAGUUUAGAAGUAGAAAAAGGAAAAUGAAAGAUUAAUUUAGAAUUUUGAAAUAGGCAAAGAAGUCUUGGUGUGGUACAAGAGAUGAUGGAAUUAUGCUUCCAUUACUAGAUGUAAUCUUAUGCACGUGAUCAUGGGGAUGAACUAAGCCUUACUAGAGACGAAUCGAUGUUUGACCCACAUUAUUUGUCGGAUCCCCUGAUGACAAAGAGAGAAAUGCAAUUAAAUCGCAUUAAUUGGUGGUGGUUUGAGGUGGAAGAAGGUGAUAAAUUUUUAAUCAUUAUCAACAUUAUUGUUGGAAGGAUUUAUUCAGAUGCUUUUUCCAAGCAAUAACAAAAACAAUUCGAUAUUAUAAGAACAUUAUUUUGCUCAAUUUGGUCCCGUCUCAAAGAAAAUUCAAUCAUCAAGAGUACUUUUUUUUUUACUCUUACAUUGACAGCAGACCAACCCAUCAAAGGUAAAGGAAAGAAGUUGAAUGUAAUGUAUUGAAUAGGUAUUUUAUUUUUUAUUCAUCAUUCGGGUCAAUGAGUUAAACCAGAUAGUUAUAUGAGUGAAACAAAACAACUUAGAAGUUUGCAGUAAGAAGAUAAAAUCUCGUUGAAGUAAACAUAAGCAGUGUAAACUGUUUACAUCCUUUGCUUGGAAGCUUCGCUUUUGCAAUCCUUGCCAUUAAGUUCCAAAAAAAGUUGAUUAUAAUUAGGAAUUAGGAAGACCGACAACUGCAACUUGGCAGAUGCCAAGAGCAUAUGCUAGCAACCCAUCUCUCUUCCAAGGAAAAGGAAUGGCUCCACAUCUGCCACAUGACCAAAAACUUGUAUGGAAAACAAAGAACACAGAUGAGGAGAACAAGAACAGAGGAGAAAAGAUUUGGCUAAUGCAUGUGAUCAUAUUAUGUUUGGAUUGGAAACCACUUCUCCAUGCUAGAGAAGAAUAGGAUUUGAGAUCAGUUCACAGCAAUUACAUAUCACAAUUCCCAUUGUUUUCAUCUGAGUCUUUCCUUUUUUUGUCCCUCUCUGUUCAUCCUUUGAUCGCAGAGAUCAUAUCCAACUUCUUGUGAUUCAUCCGUCCUUCCAAAAAUCGCACGGAAAACAAGAAAAA